GAACAAACGCUGUAUCGAAGAAAUCUUCAAUCCACUGUAUAAAAUAUAAGAAAAUUCGCAUUCAAAAUAAACAAUUUAAUCGGAAUUUUUCAACUAAAUUUUGAUUCUUGAUAGACGGCGCAAUUGGCAAGUGAAUUCUUUUUUGGUAGCAGUUGCAAAACAAAGAAGUCGUAGGAGUAUACAUUGAGUUUUCUAAGUAAACUCAUUGUGGUGAAUAAAUAUAGCUUGAAAAUGGAAUUACCUUUUAACGCCGAUUACUCUGGAUCUCAGACGAUAACUGCAAACGACGCGCCGUACCAAGUCCCCGAGGAAAGACAGGUGGAAGAACAUGUUUUGCGUCUGCAGCCCGAGUCUCGAGGCAGACGUGUAAGGUGGGCAAAUAAUACUGUUGAUAAUGAAAAUAUGAACAAGAAAAAAUCAAAAGUUUGCUGCAUCUUUCACAAGGCUAAAAGGUUUGAUGAAAGCUCGUCAGAAUCCGAUAGUGACUCUGAUUCUUCGAGCUGUAGUCGCAAUGCUUAUGAGCGUGCGUAAAAUAGAAGGCUAUAAUAUCCAAGGGAAUCAAAAGAUUAGUGCAUUAUGUUAAAACCUAAUAUAUAUAUUUUCACGAUGCUUCAAUAUAAAUCACCAACAUAGAAUAGCAAUGUCUUUUUCAAAAGUUGUACUACAAGCAUAAAAUAUGAUACAUCUUCGA